UCCUGUCAACUAUUGGGCAACUUGUCACUUUUCAAGACACCAGUUAUCAUCAGUGUUAUACUUUUUAUUUGUGACAACUACUGGCCUGCUUGCUUUUUAGUGAUGGAACUGAAAUUGAACGUUAUGAUCGUCGCAGAAAUUUGGAUAGUCGCAAUUCUCACAACUCAAAAAAGAAAGAUCAUCGAAGCCGCUCUCCUAUCGACAAGAGAAGAUUAUCCAAUGUAUCCAGUUCCUCAUAUUCUGACAACGGGUCCCCAUCUUACCACAACCGAUCUCGUUCUUCUUCGCCUGAUUUUCCUGGGCCAAAAUACAGUCAGAUGGUUAAUCGAUCCCUAAAGGACCUUGUGAAAGAAUCAAAGAAAGCUGUAAACUCAAGUUACGGUUCAUACAACCAAGACGGAAAACUUUCAAUUGGGAAAUCGACUGUCAAGUGUCAACAGGUGGAAUUCUAUUGUUUAAGAAAGUUGGAGUUUCCCAUUCGAAUCCCGGAAGACCAGGAAGAAAUAAAAUUAUCGAACGCUGGUUUGGGUUCAAAAGUUAUUGAAGUUCCCCUGAACCAAUCAGGCAAAGAAAUGAAAAAUCUGAUUCACUCAAACUUUCCGUCUUUAAAGGGAGACUUCAUCAUUGCAUGUAGAUUGAAAAGAGGAGAUAAAGUUCUAGAACCUGUCUUUAAAGAAGUACCGACAAUGGCUCAGCUCUUACAGAAAGCUCCGACAAAAACUAGCACAAUGUAUGUCGUCCCUUACGAGGAAAUUGAUAUCGCUGAUCGGGAGGAACGAGUCCGAUGUUCAAUAUGCAAUAAUUACAUUAAGGUUUCAAAGCGAUUUGAACACCACUUGAAGUGCUCUGAGAAAAAUAAUGCUUAACUUCCAUGAAUGUGAUGCUAUUAAUUCAGUGCCAGUUUACA